AUGGAGUCUCCGGAGAGGGAAAGGCCGGCGGCUGGGAUUGCCAUGGAAUUCCCGGCCAGCGAAGGGGCUUUGUCCUGCUCGCCGCCGACCAUGCCGUCGUGGCUCAGGAGGAAGCUUUCGGAGCCGAAGACGCCGCAGCCUACUACUGUUGAAGAAAUCCAAGCCAAACUCCGUGAGGCUGAUCGUAGACGCCAGAAAUUCUAUGAGAGUUUAUCAAGCAAGGCUAGGCCAAAGCCCAGAAGCCCCUCACGAUCUUCAUCGCAAGAAGAUGAUCUUGGACAACGCCUUGAGGCUAAGCUCUUAGCUGCUGAAGAGAAGAGGUUGGCUUUUAUCAAGGCAAAUGCUCAGAUGCGGCUGGCUAAGCUUGAUGAGUUGCGGCAAGCUGCCAAAUCACAGGUUGAAAUGCGCUUCAAAAGGGAACGCGAUGAGUUGGGCACAAAGGUCGAAAUGCGGGUUCGGCAGGCGGAGGCCAACAGACUGCGCAUUCUUCGUGCUCAUCGGCAAAGGAGAGCCUAUCUGAAGGAGAGGAUAUCCCAGUCACUAAUGCGGCGAAUGGCUCGUGAGAACAAGUAUAAGGAACGAGUAUGUGCUGCAAUAUCUCAAAAGCGGGCAGAUGCUGAGAAAAAGCGGCUGGGGUUGCUGGAAGCUGAGAAAAGGCGAGCACGUGCUAGGUUCUUGCAGGUUCAGAAGGUAGCCAAUAACAUUAAUAGCCAGCGAGAGAUAGAGAGAAGUGAAAUGAAGAAUAAACUUGAAGAAAGAUUGCAGAGGGCUAGGAGAAACAGAGCAGAGUAUCUGAAGCAGAGAGGAAGACCGUAUAAUGCUAUUUACAAUAGCUGGGACACCAUUUAUGAGGAUGCUGAGGUCCUCGCUGUUAAAUUAUCGAGGUGCUGGAGGGAGUUCAGGAGGCUGAGGAAAACCACUGCAGAUAUUGCUGGAGCUUAUAAUAUAUUGAAUAUAAACGAGAGUUCUGUGAAGUCCAUGCCGUUCGAGCAGUUUGCACUUCUAAUACAGUCGAGUUACACCCUUAACACAACCAAAGCGUUGCUUGAACGGCUCGAAACUCGCUUCAGAAUAUCUCGAUCUACCCUAAAUCCUUCUGUAUCAGAUGACAUUGAUCACCUCCUCAAGCGAGUAGCCUCCCCCAAUAAGAAGGGUACACCUCGGAAAAUGGCUUCCAACAAAGGAGGAAAGAGGUCUUCAUCUGUUGGAAAAGCUGCAAAAGCUCCUGCUCACUUGUCGAGGUACCAAGUGAGGAUUGUUCUUUGUGCUUACAUGAUACUUGGUCAUCCAGAUGCUGUUAUCAGCGGUCAAGGAGAGCGUGAGACCGCUUUGGUGAAAUCUGCGGCAAAGUUUGUGAAGGAGUUUGAGCUGCUGAUUAUGAUACUACUAAAUGGACCUGUACAGGUUCCUGAUGAGGAAUCUAAUCGUGUCAUGUUAACACGUCGAACCUUCAGGUUUCAGCUUGCAGCAUUUGAUUCUGCUUGGUGCUCCUUCUUGAAUAGUUUUGUGGUGUGGAAGGCCAAGGAUGCCAGGUCACUCGAGGAGGAUUUGGUCAGGGCUGCAUGUCGCCUUGAACUUUCAAUGAUCCAGACAUGCAAAAUGACCCCUGAGGGGGAUAGUGCUUCUCUUUCGCAUGAUAUGAAAGCUAUUCAGAAACAGGUUUUUGAAGAUCAGAAACUUCUUCGGGAGAAAGUCCUACAUUUAAGUGGAGAUGCUGGUAUUGAGCGUAUGGAAGAUGCACUUUCUGACACUCGAACGAAAUUUUUCGAAGCUAGAGAGAAUGGCGACCCGAUUACACCACUGAGUCCACUUAUGUUGUCCCCAAUUUCACCUUCCUUUUCCUCGACUGGUGGCUCGGGAAAGGCAAAUAACUCAUCUGUGGCUUCUUCUCAAAAGCAAAGCUCGGUAGUGCGUUCUUUAUUUAGGGAUGAAGUUGACACAUCUCAGAUUUCUAAGGCAAGUUUGGAAAUGGAGAAUUUGAGAAUUGUGAAUGAAUAUGUUCAUGGGGAGCAACCUGCUUGGUCUGAUAGCUCUGUCGCAACUGGCGAAAAUCAAGGGGAUGUCAUGGCAAAGAUAAAAGAGACCAUGGAGAAGGCCUUCUGGGACGGCAUUGUUGAAUCCAUGAAACAGGACGAACCCGACUACAGCCGUGUUGUGGAGUUGAUGAGGGAGGUGAGAGAUGGAAUUUGUGCAAUGGCCCCUCAUAGCUGGAGACAAGAAAUAACCGAAGCCAUUGACCUGGAAAUUCUCUCCCAGGUGCUCUAUUAUGGGAAAUUGGACAUUGAUUAUCUUGGGAAUAUUCUAGAAUAUGUAUUAGUCACUCUCCGGAAGCUCUCAGCACCGGCCUGUGAGGAUGAGCUGAAGAAAAAGCACCAGCAGUUCAUAAAAGAUCUGGCAGAGACAUGUCAAGCUAGCACCGGCACACACUCACAGAAUUCGCAUGUGAUUUCUUUGAUCGAGGGGCUACGAUUUGUUCUAGAACAAAUUCAGGAUUUGAAGCGAGAAAUCAGCAAAGCACGCAUCAAGAUGUUGGAACCACUCUUGAAGGGACCUGAGGCCUUAUAUUAUCUAGGGAAAGAUUUCACCAAACGUUUUGGGCAGCCGUUAAAUGCUCGACCAGCCUUACCUUUGACCAAAAAGUGGCUUUCAGCUUCAUGGCAAGUUAAAGACGAGGAAUGGAACGAACACAAGAGUUUACUAUCGGAGUUGACAAAGAAAAAUGGGAGUUCACCAAAUUAUCUUCCUUCAACCGCUCUCAGAACUGGAGGAAGCUCGCUAGUCAAAAUGACGGGUGCUCAGUCUGAUAUUUCAUCUUCCAAUUUUAAAGCUACAAGUUAUAUAGAAACGAUCGAUCCUCAUUUGGAAUGCAAAGGAGAGGAGAUCGAUUUAUUGGUGAGGUUAGGCUUGUUGAAGUUGGUGAGCAAGAUACCUGGUCUAACCGAAAGAGAACUCCCAGAGACUAUGAGCCUUAAUUUCAUUCGUUUGAGAAGUGUGCAAUCCCAAGUUCAGAAAAUUAUUGUAAUCGCAGCAAGCCUUUUAGUCUUGAGACAGACACUCGUGAGCCAGCAUGUAGUAAGCAGCCAGGCACAAAUGGACAGCAUACUAUUGAGCAGCUUCAAACGACUCUCAACAUGCCUCGACUCGGAUCCGGAUUCUGGUAUUUCUGACAUCAUUAAUGUACUCGUCUCGUCUGCAGAUCAGGACAACAGUGGACAACUGCUCGACUCGGCUAAGGUUCAGCCGAUGAAGGAGAUAAUGUCCGGGAUGUUGAGCAAGAGCCUUCAAGAAGAUGACCCUGUUUUCGCUCGGGUUUCCUGGGCAGUUUACUUGGCCAUGAGAGGAGUCGUUUUCGGGGGAACCGGAAAACAAGGGAGAGAAUUGGCUGAGGUGGCAUUGCAGAAGGUGGGGGCCGCUUUGCUCGUUGAUGAUGUGGCGCGUGCUGGGGCUGUGCUGGUUGUGACGGCUAAGGUUUCGGUUAUUGUUCAUGGGCCUUGGUAUGCAAAUUUGACAAGAGAGUGA